UCGCGAUCAACUAAUGUGGAACACACCUGGCAGAUUAUACAACAUAAGUUCUUUUAUUAAACGUCUUUUAAUUUAAUAUUGAAAUAAUGUUGGAAAUGAAACUUAUAAAUUUGAAUUCAUUAGUGAAUUGGAAAACAUAUUUAUUAAACAAAUUUUAUUCUCUACAAAGAAUUAUAACUAAUUAAAAUAUUAAUAAAUUUGUACAAAUGUUUGGUAUCUACUUGCUUAUUGUUAAGAACCGAAGGUCAAAAUGUAUGCAGAAAGUAGUGUUGAAAUUGGUUUGUGCGAUUUAUAUAAUUUUUUAUUUUUUUAUGGGAAUGCUGCGUAUUAUGAGAAAGUUUGUUUUGUAAGAUUAAACAAAUGCUCGAGUGAGCAGAUGCGAUCUUUGAAACGAGUUCUGAAUUAGUGUUUACUGUAAUGUAUUAAAAUUUAAACAGAAAUAUAUAAACUAUAUUUUAAAAGCACCACUGAACGCUGUAAUUUCAAGAUGUGCGCGGCGGCCGCGUAGAGGUCACCGGCCCGGCCAUGGGCGAAGGCGUAGCGCAGCCGGGCACGGACGCCCCUGUGCCGCGCACGACGCAGCCGGCACAGCCGAUCCAGGAGGAGGCUUUCUGCAAGCUGAUACUGUACAUGGAGAUAGCAGACACCAGAAUCCGCAUUUGGGAUGUGAUAAUCCUUGUUCCGAACUUCCUGUUCCUGCUGUUCCUGGCGGUGCGCUUCAACAGGGCGCGCCUCAAGUUGAGGGCCACCAGUAGCCCCGUGUUCCUGGCCUUCUACGGUCUGGUGGUGGUGAGCGUGGUGAUCAGCGUGGUGAGGUGCGCCGUCUCGAUGUCGGUGAACGCGUCGGCGGUGGUCGGCGGCUACGCUGACAAGGUGCUGUGGAUCACAGUGCGCUUCUUCCUGCUCGCCAUGGAGAUCAGCGUCGUGGUGUUCGGGCUGGCGUGCGGCCACCUGGACAGCCGCAGCAGCAUCCGCCACGUGCUGCUGGCGACCUCGCUCAUCUCGCUGGCCUUCAGCAUCACCCAGGGCUACCUGGAGGUGUUCUCCCCGGACACCAGCUUCCACAUCGACUCCAAGGGCUACGACCUGUUUGGGCACGGCGGCAUGCUCUUCUGGUUCGUCAGCUCCGUGGCGUUCGCCCUGGUCUACUCGGUGAUCUUCGUCCUGCCGUGGACGGCGCUGCGAGACAGGCUCGCCCUGCCCACCAAGAGGAGCUUCUACGCCUACAUCCUGUUCCUGAUCCUGCUGGACGCCACGCAGUCGGCGGGCAGCGGCCUGCUGUACUUCGGCCUGGGCGCCGGCCUGUGCGUGGUGGACGUCACCACCUGCGUCUACUUCACGCUGCUCACGCCCCUCGUCUACCACACCUUCCUCAGCGAGUUCUUCGGCGUGUCCCAGCCGAGCAUCUUGUUCUCGUACAAGGCCCAGGUGGACGACAACAUGGAGGAUGACACGGUGUCGCUGCCCCACCAGCAGUCCUUCUCCUCCCUCAAGACCGACUCAGACUACAUCUACCAGAACAACAGCGUGUACGACAGCACGCAGUUCGACACGGGGGCGACGCCCGUCAACCCCUUGUACGCGGCGUCCCUGCAGAGCCCGGACAGCAUCACCGGCUACAGCAUCGACAGUGCGCAGUCUGUGGAGACGGCCACCGCCACCGGCUACCAGAAGCCCCAGUGACUCGUCGCGACAAGGGCCGUCCUCUCGGACCAAGGCUGCCGUGCAUCUCCUGUCAUCUGCCCAACUCGGCUGGAGGUAAACGGGAUGCAAGUACACAUCUUCUAAAGUUCUACGGUGGUGUGCCUCAGAGACACAAAUUACUUUCUUCUUUAAGUGCUCUGUGUAAAGAUCCUUCCAUUUCUCUUUGUAUUUCACCGCAAGGCCAAAUUGACAGUCUUGAAACACACUAGAACCAGUCUUAACAUUCGGCCGCCUAUUUGGAAUUCGGUCACUUGGCCGAUGAAGAAGGGGUCUUGCAAGAUGCUGUGUAUUACGGCAAGACGAGUGGUUCCUGGACAGUCGUGCACCAGGAGAAGGUAGUUCGAAGCUGUCAGUCAAUUCAGUGUAGGUCACAAGUUUGUGAUGGACAUUAUGCUAGUCAAGAAGAAAUACUCAAAAGCUUGUUCUACUAUCUUAAGUGUUUCGUUAUCAAGUCAGUAAAGAAUAAAGUCUUUCUUUUGUGCUCGAAAUGAUAACAGUUAAGCCAGUGACACGUUUAUGUUAGAUAUGGGCCAGAGAUGAUGAAAUUAACCAUCGAACCAUAUUUAGCAAUCGAGAGGGUGGGCAUAUUUUCUGUAUUACUUCUGAUUAGUGGUAGCUCUUGAUAGAGUAAUAAUUACUUGACUGUGUUAUUAUUUUUUUGAGAGUCACGUGUAUAAUGGAUGAUGACUGUACUUUAGUGAUUUAAAGUUAUUGUGUAGCAUGAAAUAUGGUCGAUGCAUUUAUGUAAUGUUAUGUGGAGAUAAAUUUAAAAUAUGACAUGUAUUUUUUUUUUUUUUACAGUGAGAUUUAAUUUUGAGUGUGUGUAUAAUGCAUUCUUAGUGGUUAAGCAUGUCAUCGUCCAUAUGUUAGAAGGAUUUGGCUGUAAAAUGGAGUUAGUAUGCGAUGAAACUUUAUUACAUAAGUGGUAGUGAUGAAAGCAAUGAUGUAUAGAAAAUAUCAUUUUGUACCUUAUGAUGAAAUGUCGUUUGAAUGUGUUGGCUGUUGACUUUAAUAUGUAAUAAAUUAUUUACACACUUAUCAAUGAAA